AUGUAUGUGAUUGCCAAAGAGAAGAACAUCACCUACGGUGGUUGGCGGGAUGUUGAAGUGGACGAAGUUGACGUCGGGAAGUUCAAUGUUGUACUGCAUUCUGAUGGUGCCCGCGCUUACGCCAUGGAGUUCCCCGGAAUCAAGCAUUGCAAUGUCGUGCACAAGAAGAAACGACAAGUCGUGAAUGGCAAGGCCGUUUGGGUCCGACCACACUACACGAAGAACUACGUCAUUGACAUACCGGAGCAGGGUAAGGUCACGGUGAAGAGUGGGAAACAGAUCACGACAGAUUCUGGG